AUGACCUCCGACUCAGAAACAGCGGCCACCGACCCGACAGAGGCGCUUCGGCUGAUCCCGCCAGAGCCCACGACAGACGAGCAGUUCAGCAUCGCGCAGGUCGCGGCCGGGUGCAAGGUGUAUGCUUUCAAGGACGGCGAGUGGCGGCUGGCAGAGAUUCUUGCCCUCCAGCGCAAGAAGGGCAAGCCCGUGUACUACGUGCACUAUGCGGAGUUCAACAAGCGGCUGGACGAGUGGAUCGAUGAGACAAAGAUCGACACGCACCGCCCGAUGUACCCUCCGAAGCCGCAGAAGGACAAGAAGGACAAGAAGCAGACCCGCAAGAAAGUCGUCAAGAAGACGGCGCCCAAGUCCGAGACCCCGGAGCCGCAGCGCGCAAAGAGCGAGCCCAACGAGGACGAGAUGGACCUGGACAACCUGAACGUGCAGGGGCUGGUGAAGGAAGGCGAGGAGCUGAGCCGCGAGGACGAGAUCGAGCGACUGAGAACGAGCGGGUCGAUGGCACAGACGUCGACGAGCGAGCUGGCGAAAAUCAGGAACUUCAGCAAGGUGAUCAUCGGCAACCACGAGGUCGAGCCGUGGUAUUUUUCGCCGUACCCGGUCGAGCUCACCGAGGAAGAGUGUCUGUAUAUUUGUGACUUUUCGCUGUGCUACUUUGGGUCGCGCAAACAGUUCGAGCGGUUUCGCGCAAAGUGCACCCUGAGCCACCCGCCGGGCAACGAGAUCUACCGCGACGAUUACGUCUCGUUUUUCGAGAUCGACGGCCGCAAGCAGCGCACCUGGUGCAGAAACUUGUGUUUGUUGUCGAAGCUGUUUCUGGACCACAAGACGCUCUACUACGACGUCGACCCGUUCCUGUUCUACUGCAUGACCAGAAGAGACGACAAGGGCCACCAUCUGGUGGGGUAUUUCUCGAAAGAGAAGGAGAGCGCUGAUAAUUACAACGUUGCGUGCAUCUUGACACUGCCGCAGUACCAGAGACAUGGAUACGGUAAACUGCUGAUCCAGUUCUCGUACGAGCUGUCGAAAAUCGAGGGCAAGGUCGGCUCGCCCGAAAAACCGCUUUCUGACCUAGGGCUGCUGUCCUACAGAGCGUACUGGGCAGAAACCAUCUGUGCUCUGCUGGUGGAGAACGGAACCACCGACAUCAGCAUCGACGAGAUUUCGCAGCUCACGUCCAUGACCACGACAGACAUCUUGCACACGCUCCAGACGCUCAACAUGCUGCGGUACUACAAGGGCCAGCAUAUCAUCGUGCUCACCAACCAGAUUCUUGAAAACUAUGAGAAAUUGCAGCGCAAAAAAAAGCACAAGCUGGACCCGUCGAAAUUGAUCUGGAAACCGCCCGUGUUCACGGCGUCGCAGCUGCGGUUCGGGUGGUGA